AUGUCCACAGAGUCCUGGGCGCAUGCCGUGGAUCAGCAGGAAUCAGAAGCCGCUGAAUCGAUUAAAGGUCUCCAAAUCAAAGAAAAGCCAGAGGAAAAUGGAGCAGCUUCCAAACCAGAAGGAGAAGCAAAUACGAAUAACAAGACAGAAGAGGACGACAAAGACGACAAAGCGGCGCAGUCAUACCUGAACAAGUUGAUCCGCAGCAGUUUGGUCAACAACACGAAUCAAGUGGAAGUUCUUCAAAAAGAUCCAAACUCUCCGCUGUAUUCUGUCAAGUCCUUUGAGGAGCUCCGACUAAAACCACAGCUGUUGAAGGGAGUGUACGGGAUGGGCUUCAACAGACCUUCUAAAAUCCAGGAGACCGCGUUACCCAUGAUGCUCGCUGAACCUCCACAGAACCUCAUCGCUCAGUCACAGUCGGGAACGGGGAAAACAGCUGCGUUUGUGUUGGCCAUGCUCAGCCACGUCGACCCCAACAAGAAAUGGCCUCAGUGCUUGUGUGUGUCGCCCACGUAUGAGCUGGCUCUGCAGACGGGGAAGGUCAUCGAGCAGAUGGGGAAAGACUAUCCAGAGGUGCAACUGGUCUACGCCAUCAGAGGAAACAAGCUGCCGCGAGGAAUGAAGCUUCAGGAGCAGAUCGUGAUCGGGACUCCGGGGACGAUGCUCGACUGGUGCGCCAAGUUCAAGUUCCUCGACCCAAAGAAGAUCUGCGUGUUUGUGCUCGACGAGGCCGACGUGAUGAUCGCCACACAGGGACACCAGGACCAGAGCAUCCGGAUUCAGAGGAUGUUGCCGAAGGAUUGCCAGAUGCUGCUGUUCUCGGCCACGUUUGAGGAGACCGUGUGGAACUUUGCACAGAGAAUCGUCCCGGAGCCGAACAUCAUCAAACUGAAGCGCGAGGAGGAGACGCUGGACACCAUCAAACAGUACUACGUCCUGUGCAACUCCAAAGAAGAGAAGUUUGAGGCUCUGUGCAACAUCUACGGGGCCAUCACCAUCGCACAGGCCAUGAUCUUCUGCCACACAAGGAAGACGGCGGGCUGGCUGGCCGGGGAGCUAUCCAGAGAGGGACACCAGGUGGCGCUGCUGAGUGGAGAGAUGCAGGUGGAGCAGAGAGCAGCAGUGAUCGACAGAUUCAGAGACGGGAAAGAGAAAGUGCUCGUCACGACCAACGUGUGCGCCAGAGGUAUCGACGUGGAGCAGGUGUCCGUGGUGAUCAACUUUGACCUCCCGGUGGAUAAGGACGGUAACCCUGACAACGAGACGUAUCUUCACCGAAUCGGGCGCACAGGGCGAUUCGGCAAACGUGGUCUGGCCAUCAACAUGGUGGACAGCAAGAUGAGCAUGAACAUCCUCAACCGCAUCCAGGAGCACUUCAAUAAGAAGAUCGAGAGGCUGAACACAGACGACUUGGACGAGAUCGAGAAGAUCGCCGGGUGA